AUGGCCGCGCAGGGCUCUCCUCCCGCGCUGGACAAGCUGCUCGCCCUGGGCUCCGCGACUCAGCCUGCGGGAGCGCGGGGCGCGAAUCCGCGAAUCCGGGGCUGCGGGGACCGAGGGUGGACACCCAGCCCAGUUCACAGCUGUCAUUUUUCUUCAGAGGGAGGUUCCUAUGCCUGGGGAAGAGCACUCAGGGGUGGCUGUGAUAUUGAUUUUGUCAUCUUCCUCGCCUGUUUCAAGAGCUAUGGGGACCAGAUGGUCCAUCGCACAGCAAUUCUCUCUGACCUGCGUGGGCUGCUGGAGUCCUGGUGUUGGGACCCACAGCCUGGCCUGAGCCUUCAGUUUCCUCAACAAAAUGAAUCUGGGGACCUGCACUUCCGACUGACAUCAGCAGACCUUGAGAACUGGAUGGACGUUAGCCUGAUGCCUGCCUUUGACAUCCUGGGACAGCCCAGCUCUGGAGUCAAGCCCAAACCCCAGGUCUAUGCCUCCCUCCUCGGCAGUGGUGGCCAGGGUGGCAAGCAUGCUGCCUGCUUUGCAGAGCUGCGCAGGAAUUUUGUGAAUACCCUCCCUGCCAAGGUCAAGAACCUCAUCCUGCUUGUGAAACAGUGGGGCUGCCAGCCAGCGAGAUCUCUUCCACCAAACAAACCCCUGGACAAGUUCAUCAGUGACUUCCUGUAG